AUGGGAGAUACAAGGUUUAUCUCUUUCAUAUUCAAUGACGAUGAUAAUCACCAGAGCAAGAAGCAAUGGGAAGACGCGUAUACCUCUUUCAAAGGCAAUCCCUCCCAAAUCUCAGGCUUUCUCGAGAACCGAGAGCUUUCGGGCUCGUUCAUCGCCGGUUUCGAGGUCUAUGCUCUGCGCAUCGCAAAGUUUGUUGAACUGAUUCCCCAGCACAAUAAUCCCAAGGCUCGUGGUAGAGAAAAGGAGGAGCUCGACUUGCAACUAGGAAAGCUCUUGGGAGGACAUAUCGUCAAGAAAAUCAUCAUUCCAUUACUAGAACAGAGAUAUCAGCACCUACACACCCGCGAUGCUUUGUUGGAGCUCUUGUUCUCGAUUCAUGUGGCACUCGCAGAUAGAAGUAUCUUUGACCAACUUGCAGCUCGGCUUGGAAAGGCACCAACACUCCUUGGAAGGCUCAUCUCAGAUGAACGGAGCGACAAGCUGAUGGAAGGCUGGAUUGACUGCGUCAAAUCAAGCAAGGAAACGAUGCAGGACUGGAUUGAAGUCUCGAUGGAUCUCACAAAGAACUGUGACAGCGAUCACCGUGUUUUGUCCGAGAUGGAGCGGUGGGACCUGCUCAUCACUCUUAAAGUCUAUCUUCGACAAGCCUACAAUCCCGGACCCGUUUCUCAAAGGAAACACUCGGUUGGAACAUUGCCCACUGGAUCACGAGCCUCCGGUAGCAACGAAAGUCUUGGUGUUAAGGGACGUCGAGUGUCUUAUACGCCCGCCGCCAUUGCGCCAGGAAUCUCACAGGAGUGCGUUAUGUUGCUUGGACAGCUUAGAAUUAGUAUCCCUUCCUCGGUGAGGGCUAUACGUGAUACUAUUGUCCACAUCGAAACAAACGAGACUUUUCCCAUACUGGAGGCUGUUUUGAAAAGCUUCCCCUGCCGUUUAUGCUUCACACGCGGUUACGGAAAUACUUCGGAGGCUAUUGUUUCCCCUGUCCAAACUGUCUUUGAAUUGAAAGAACAUGGACCCGACUCCGAUUCGUUUGAGGGAUUGCUUGGUGGUAGUCUGGGAGUCUGGAAGAUAGCCCUUUCGACACAGGCACUAAGAGACCUUAAACACUCACAGCGGGAGGGAAACAUUGUUCACAUCAAAAGCAAGCUAGAAGCUCUAGCAUCUGGCGAUUGGGUUCGAGGUGCUGUCGCCGGGGAGGUUACCAAAAACCAUGGAGACCAUCGCUUCAAAGUUCAUGUGUAUCAGGCGUUUUAUGGAAGCAACGGGCGUAUCCUGUGGCAGGUUGAUGUCGGAUUUGACGAGAAGCACAACGCAGCUAGCCAGAUCGUAAGAGUUUGGAGAAUCGGGGACGUUAAGGAGAUUCAAAAUGCUCUGGAUUCGGUAUACCGCGCCCAGAAAGGGUUUUCGCUGACUCGGAUCGAGCGCUGCAAGAAGAAUUUGAUCGACGAAGAGAAAAAGAUAAAGAUUCCAGAGGUAUUUGAUGUCAUUGAUCAGGAAGAAACGGAUAAGCUGGAGCCGGUAGAUGAACGAUUACCAGAGGAUAUGCUCAUCUCAGGGAAAUUUCAUGCACUCACCGGAAACGUUCUGGAAAGUAUCCUCCGGGGCCAGUCCCGCUCCGACUUCCCUUUCGAUGUCACUGGGAAAGAAGUUGAGAUAAUCAAAAAUAAGAACGCGACGUUUAUCCUAGGGAGAAGCGGUACGGGAAAGACGUCGUGUUUGAUUUAUAAAUUGAUGAGCAGAUAUCUGGCCCGCAAUAUUGCUCAGCCCGAGACUCCAAUCCGUCAGAUACUACUCACUCGUUCCGAACCUCUUGCGCGAAAGUUGGAAAGCGAAGUUCAAUUGUUAAUAGAUACCCAGCUUCUUCGAGUGAAAGCUGGGUUCAAUUACCUUGAUGACGGAGCAGAUUUUUCUCUCCAAGUCCGGGACGGUAUGGAAGAAGACACAACUGAAGACUUCUUCUCUCUGCGGAAGGAGAAUUUCCCUUUUGUUUGCACAUUUGGGCAUUUCCUGAGACGCCUUGAAAAUACAAUCAGAUGGAAUGAUCGCAAGGCUGGAGUGUCUGGGAAGUCAAGACGCUUAGUGGACUAUUUAAUAUUCAAGGAAGCUUAUUGGGUACAGUUUCCUGCGGGUAUCAGGGGUGGACUAGAACCGGACUUGGUUUUCGCAGAGAUAAUGGGAGUCAUCAAAGGUGCCGCAUCGAUUUCAACUGGUUUGAAACCACUUUCGAAAGAGGAAUACCGGACAACGGGUGUCAGGUUGGCGCCAACCUUUGCGAAGACGGGUGAUAGGGAUACUGUCUACCGAAUCUUUGAGAGCUAUGAGACUAAGAAAGCGAAUAACGGUGAUUAUGAUGGCAUUGAUAGGGUCAUGAGUAUAAUGAGAGAAAUGAAUGAAAAUCUUUCACUCAAACGCAGACUUGAGUCUAUGUUCGAGGAGGUAUAUGUUGAUGAGGUGCAGGACCAACGGCCCCUGGAGAUCCAGUUGCUUCUGAAUCUUGUUCAAAAUCCACGGGGAAUUCAUUUUGCCGGCGACAGCGCACAGUGCAUAUCCAAGGAUUCAACCUUCAGAUUUGCGAACUUGAAGGCCUUAUUCUUCAAUCACUUCUCAGCGAGCCGAUUCACUAGAAUAGACCCUUCCGCGGCAAAGCCCGAGCUCUUUUCCUUGUCUCGCAAUUUUCGAUCGCAUCAGGGAAUCCUAUCACUUGCGUCAUUUGUGAUGGAACUACUAUGGAAAGGUUUCCCGGACAUGGUAGACAAGCUACCACCGGAAAUCGGGCAGUAUUCAGGACCAAAACCGGUUAUUUUUGUUGGCUCGGAUAUCCUUGAAUUUCUCCGAAUGGCCAGCAAGAGGACAGGUGUUGGAGAAACAGCGACAGAAUCGCCACAAGAUGGAAGUGCAGAGAAACAAGUUAGCAAUCAGCAGAUCAUUAUCAUAAGAGACCAUCAAAAUCAAGCUGAGCUUCAAAGUAAGCUCGGUGAUGGGAGUAUUGUAUUCACUGUACUCCAGAGUAAAGGGAUGGAAUAUGACGACGUAUUUCUUUACAAUUUCUUCUCAUCUAGCCCCUGCUUGAAGGCAUUCCAAUCCCUGCAGGAACUGUUGGUUCCAGGCGCCAACCGAUCGUAUGCGACAGCUCACAUGAAUAUGUGCUCCGAACUGAAGAGCCUAUACGUCGCGAUCACCCGUCCUCGUAAUCGGCUAUGGAUAUUGGAGAGUAACCCAGGGUUUAUUCCAGAGCUCUUGACACAAAGAGUACCACAUCCACUCGUGGAUAUAAAGCCUUUCGAACCCAGAGAAGUUCUAUUAAUGAUGAAUGAGAUUCGCCCCACAAAUAUCACGACUGAGCGAGAAUGGAUCGAUACUGGCGAUCAAUGCAUGGAUCGAGGCCUCUUUGAACAGGCACUUCUGUGUUAUAACUAUGCAAAUGAUUGGCAAAAGAUCACGCUAGCAACCGCUUGCAUUGCUGAACAGAAAGGAAAAGAAUGUCGGGCAAGAGGUGAUCACAUGCUUUAUGCACACUUUAAGGACGCCAGCUAUAGCUUUCUCAAGCUCAAUAUGAAAGAAAGAGCGGCGAGUUGCCUGGAAGCACGUGGGGACUGGGAAGCUGCGGCACGCUUGUACUGCGCAAGGGGAAAACACGAGAGGGCUGCCGGUUUAUUUGAGAACGCCAAAUUGUAUGAAGAAGCAGCAGACCAAUACCACCAAUCCAGAAAAACUUUGAAGGCACUUCAAUCGCUCCAUAGGGGUAAGCUGUAUGAAAGGCUGGUUGAGGAUGUGUCCAGGUACCGGCAUGAAAUCGGAGACGGGGAUAGGAUGUCCUACGCUCGUGAAUGCAAUAUUCUCUUGAGACGAAAAGAAAUGCCACCUUACAUUCGAUCAGAUUUAUGGGAGCUCACCUUUAAUUUGUUCGCCUCCGAUUUAGAGAAGGAAGAAUUCCUUGCAGAGUUCGAAUAUAAAGUAGAGCUUUUGAAAUUCUACCUGAACAGCGGAAGACUCAAGGAUGCCUUCUUUUACUCUACCAAGAUAGGGGACAUGAAUACUGCAUUGAACCUAAUGAUUGAUCGGGUGGAGACUAACGGCUCUGUAUUGGAAUUGGAUGAACUAAAGGAUAUUUUCAGCCAUUCACAAACAGGUAGAGUACUUACCCAAAUAUCAACUUCUUCCGCUACAGGUGUAGACCUAAGCUGCGACAAGCGCUUCUGGGGAAUGAAGUGUAGUCGCCAGUGGGGGGUUAUGGCCACAGUAGCUGGUCAGUACUUUAAGACCGGUAAUAAGUUGGACCGGGGUAGCAUCGAAGAGGAUUGGACAAGGGAUUAUAUGGAUACCAUGGUUUCGAUCAAUAUCCCCUACUUGUUGAAAUUAAAAGCGGAUUUUGAUUUAGUCGAUCUCCCAGUUGCAAUCGAUUACAUCUUGGGACUGGACGAAACAGUCAAGAAAGUAAUGUCAGGAGGUAAACAUCUUUCGAAAGCAACACUUUGCGCUCUCGGUUUGAUAUACAUUCCGGGCAAGAGCGAGCCAUAUUUAACGCUGAAGUGGUCACCUUUACUACGGGGUGCCCGAAGGGCCAAGACGUUUAAGUUCGAUGAAAUGGUAGAGGCGGUAGUAGAUUAUCUUGCGGGACAAAUAAAUUCAGCCUGCUCUUUGAUUCAAGAGAGAGCAUUGUUACCAUGGAACAAUCUUCUAGAACUGGAGAACUGCCAUUCAUGCGUGACCCAAGUCGGAUGGGACCGGCCAGAGAAAGUAGAAGUGCAUGGGUCCAAGUGUUCGCACAUUUCCAUCUCGAGAGAUCAGUUCAGGAAAUCCAUGCAGGGCUUCGUUUCAAUCAUAGCUUGCUUCAUUACGCUACGUGAAGAGUACUUUACGUUGCAAGAUAAACUAAUAAACAUUCUAUUCACGAAAUUGACGUACCGUUCUUCUUUCUUCGAAGAUGCUAAGGCAAUCGCCAGUGCACGUGAUUUUUUACACGCACCGGGGAUCCCGGGUGUCCUGGACAGGCUUCAAGAUCGUUUCCUGCAGAACUGGGAGGUUACAAUGCACUUAGAUAUUGGAAAUAAAUACGAUUUUGUAUCCGUUUUGGGAAACUAUCAACUUGCUAGAUGCCUAGGUCUUGAACAGCAUAUCCUUAAUGAAGCCUUGAUUUGCCGACCGUCUACAGACACAUCAGAAAGCAUUGGAGGGGACUGGAAGCGCCAGGAGAAAGCCGAGAGUUGGGGUUUUUGGGGUGCUCUGUUUCGUCCUGGUGGCUGGAGUGAGAACUACUCUCAGGCACCGGAGCAACCCCAAGACUUCGUAUACCGUACCUUGAGCCUAUACCACUCCCUUUACCGGUGGGAAGGCUCGUCCGAAUGCAGGUCCAUGGGAAAACUGUCCCAGAAGAUGGAUAGUUUACUCCAAUCGUUAUCCGACAUGGGUACAUUCACACAGUGCAUGUCGUUCUACCACGAGUCGGUGAUCACAAUAUACGAGGAGAUGUUGACAUUUCUGAUUUUUUCAAUGAAAAAGACGGACGUUGUUAUCCCGGAAUCAUGGGUAGAGCUCCACUUGCCCAGAUGGGCAACAUCCUUGAGGACAUGCACUGAAAUUGAGCAAUGUUGCUAUCAACGAAUGCUUUUACGAGUGGUUUCGAGCUUCUGCGACUGGAUCAUCAAGCUUGAAAGCUCGACUCAGGGUAGUAAAUCGGGUGACUCGAGGAUCUUGGCUCGUCGAAGCGUCCAUCUUCUAGUUGUCUCCCUUAUAAACAUCGGGACAGCUCCCGCUAUCCCAGUCGGGUAUCAGAAGAUAUGGCUGAAAGUACAGAAGGUCUUUGGCUUUCAGGCUCUCGGAACGAGCAACAUCCUGAAAGUGCAGCCAAGAGAUCUUGUCAAACCUCUCACUCGGGCCUUCAAACACUAUAGUGGAAAAGAUGCGAUACUGGUCUAUGUACGAGAAGGCAGAACCUCCAAGCGUGUAGAGGCGUGGCGUGGGACCGGUGUCCAGUUUGAACCCAUGCCAAUAUUCCAAAACCCGCCAGAUCGGCCGAGGGUAGGUGAGAUGGACAGCGCCUACCUAAUCCAGACCUGGUACCGAAGACAAAAAGUCAGCCUUACAAGGGACAACUCGCACCUUAGAAGCCCCACCGGAAAAGGCGUCGUUCAGAUUUACAAUUUCUGCAAAUCCCACGAAGCCAAAUUCCCAUCGCGUCGGAUGUUUCUCGAGUUUGUCGCUGUCAUGAUGGUCGAGGGUCUGGAGCUAUAUCUGGCUGUGAACGCGCUUCUCUCGCAGAUACGUACGAUGGAGAAGAUUCGCGUCGCACGUAAAUUUCUCGAAAAGGCAACCAGAGAAAUAGCCUCCUAUGAGACCAACGUACAAGUCUGGUCCGAUAUGUUCUCCCUCGAUAUGCCCAUCGCGUUCAGUCUCGAGGCGAGCGCUUGUCGGAUGAGGCUUCGGAAAGAACUGGCACUCUGUAAAGGGCUUGGUGAACAGGCCCCCGCCUUCAUACGAUGGCUCCAGAAGCCAGUGCAUGUACCGGCCCCCGCGAAGAAGGCAGGCGCAGGCCCAGCUAAGGAUGCGCGGCCCAAGCUUAUACAGACCAAUAAGGGAAAGGAAAAAGCUGGCGCACCGCCGGAGGUUGUGACGGAAAACAAGGCAGCCAACACACAAUCCGAUGGGUUGGUGCAGUGGACGGGGAGGUUGGCGAGAAUACUCAAGGGGACAGAGCACGAGACGGAAAGUGAAUACGAUCUGAGCAGGCAGAAGAAAAAAGGUAACGACCGUCGAGACUCUAAAACCAGCUAUAGCACUCAGCCAGUCCAAGACCGUCGAGACUCUCAAACUAGUUAUAGCACUCAGCCAGUCCAAGACCGUCGAGACUCUCAAACUAGCUAUAGCACAGUUCAGCCAGUCCAACCUGGGCCCAGCAUGGAAUCAACGGGUGGUGGUGGCGGUGGGAUGAAAGCAGAAGUCGUCGAUGUAACUGAUCCAGGAGAUCGACUACACCAAGACACAGCGGUUAAGCCGAUCCCCCCCCAAUAUAUACAGCCGGCAUAUACAGCGCAAAGGGAUGUUUCAGGGCAGACGCCAGUAAAAAAAACGUGGUCGGAUGUGGUAAAACUACCUGUAUUUGGGGAUACGAGUCUAAGUCCUGUUGCGCAGGAAUAUGUACCGCCACAAGAGUAUUACCCCCCACCCCCGGGCGCGUUCGACGACGGCGACGACGGCUGGUAG